GCAUAACUACAGACAUGAACGAUAUAAACAUGGAUAAAUUUAUACUUUGUUGGUUUCUGUGGAUUUGUCCUGUUUUUGCUUCAAACGUUGAUACAUUGGUACCAGAUAGCCUUGCUAAUGAAAAUGCAUGUGAAUGUGGCCGAGAUCUAACAUUAUCUUGCAAGUUCAAGAAGAAAACAUUUGCCAUUGCUUGGAAGAAUCCACACGAAACUGUACAAAUUGCUAAGUGCUUAAGAAACGGAACCGAAUGUGACAUUAACCCUAAAUACAUUGAUCAAUACAAUAUAUCAUAUGAUGAGACAAAUCAUAUCUUCAGCUUGACAAUUAUUAAGGUAACCAUGAAAGAUGAUGGAAGAAAGUUGGUGUGUUCAGAUGGAACCAAUACUGAUUCAAAGAUUAUUAGGGUCAAAGAUUACGAGCCUCUGCUUUUUGAAAAUACAACAGCUGGGACCAUACAGGCGAUCUCUGGCUGUAUUUCCAAUGUCACGAAAGCACAUAACAAGCGCGAGAAAGAAAUCACCCCAAAAAUCCGAAACGCAAGUAUAACAAGUUGUUCGAAGGAUUCUGAUUGCGGGAAUGAUCUUCAAGUACAGUACUCAGAGGUAAUUUCCGCAAAGGCUAAUGACAAUGGAAAUUGCUAUUUGAAAGUUAUUGCGGAUUAUGGUGACGAACAAAAAGAGUCAUAUUAUACCGUUGGAAGAUACAUUGUCGACGAUCGAGAUGAAGAAAGAAGCAAUGCUGUAAAUUUGGUUGUAGUAGUUUUAGUUGUCUUUGCACUGAUUAUUGCAGCAGCUGUAUAUUUAAUAUACUUACAUCAUAAAGAAAAGUUAAUAAAUAAUUGCAUUUGGAGCACAUCCAUCACGAACGAUAAAGGAAAUAGUGACGGAAGACGGUUUUCACAGACAAAAAACGAGACAUUUAAACAAAGUCAAAGAGAAUCUUGCCAAACAUAUGCAGAACAAAGCGAGGAGUUGAAUUCAAACAACGAAGACACACAAAGUUGCAAUGCUAUAAAGGAAGAAGGCAUAACACAAAGACUUCGGUAUAAUGGAAUAACAAGUGCCCUUGAUUCAAACCUAGAUUUGCCAAAACAUAAUGAGGAAGAGGUUAGUUCCGAAGCAAAUGACAUGCCUGUAAACAACCAUUCUGUAGGUCAAGCCGAAAUUGAAGAAGAAAACAAUCUGUUAUCUAAAGGACAAACCAUAAUUGAUCUUGAUACAGAUAGUGAUGAAAAUUAAGUAUACUUUUCUGAGGAAGAAUAUGAUUCUAUUGACCUUGAUAAUCUAGAUGAACAUGUGCUCGAAAACGAUGGAUGGGUAAUAUUGUAAAAAUACUGUUACAUUAUCAAUAAAAAUCCAGAUUCGCUUUUAUUUUGUUUCCCUAUACGUUUCUGUCGUUUACUUUAAUAGAUAUUUUUUUUAAAAUAGUGCAACUCUCUCUUUUUUUUUUUUAGUUUAUUUUGUUGAACGUGCUUAUUUAAUAAAAGACACUUUAUGUCAGGUAGAAGAAGAAUGUUAACAAUUUUUUAAAUGUAAAGAGUUGCAAAAUAGCUUGUAUUGAUACACAGGUGCUCGUCAUAUAAAAAAAAAUUGAAGUUAAAAAAAAAACAAAAA